CCCUGUUAUCGCCAUUGCUGUCGAUCUUCGUCACUCUCUGAGCUCACUCUAUUAGUGAUCGUUAAGGUGGUAUAAUUUAGUAACCACAAUCCGAAUCGCAACAAAGAUUUUGCGGAUCAAUCGAGAGUUUUUGACCGGUGGUUGAUUUGCCUUCAUGGCUGACCUGAAGCACAGCAUUCUUAUGGUGUCUGAUUUUUUCUAUCCCAACUUUGGUGGUGUUGAGAGUCACAUUUAUUAUCUGUCCCAAUGCCUCCUAAAACUUGGUCACAAGGUGGUUGUUAUGACCCAUGCUUAUGGAAAUCGAUCAGGAGUGAGAUACAUGACAGGUGGUCUGAAGGUUUAUUAUGUACCCUGGCGGCCAUUUCUUAUGCAGAACACAUUACCUACUUUUUACGGGACAUUACCUGUAAUAAGGACUAUACUUAUUCGGGAAAAGAUAUCACUUGUGCAUGGUCAUCAGGCCUUCUCGACUCUAUGUCAUGAGGCUUUGAUGCAUGCACGCACUAUGGGAUACAAGGUUGUAUUUACUGAUCAUUCUUUGUAUGGUUUUGCUGAUGUGGGAAGCAUCCACAUGAACAAGGUUCUGCAGUUUACUUUAGCAGAUGUAACCCGGGCCAUAUGUGUUUCUCACACGAGCAAGGAAAAUACAGUGCUACGAUCAGGUUUGCCACCUGAAAAGGUUUUUGUGAUUCCUAAUGCUGUGGACACGGCUAUGUUCAAGCCUGCUCAAGAGCGACUUGGCCAUAAUGAAAUUGUUAUUGUUGUGAUAAGUAGAUUGGUUUAUCGAAAGGGUGCAGAUUUGCUUGUGGAAGUCAUUCCAGAAGUUUGCCGCUUGUAUCCUAAUGUUCGGUUCAUUGUUGGAGGAGAUGGACCUAAACGAGUGAGGUUGGAAGAGAUGAGAGAAAAGCAUUCUCUUCAAGAUCGAGUUGAGAUGUUGGGGGCUGUACCACAUGCUUCUGUACGGUCUGUACUGAUUUCUGGCCACAUAUUCUUAAACAGUUCUUUAACAGAAGCUUUUUGCAUAGCCAUAUUGGAGGCUGCAAGUUGUGGAUUAUUAACUGUCAGUACACGUGUUGGAGGAGUCCCAGAGGUUUUACCCGAUGACAUGAUAGUACUUGCUGAACCAGACCCUAGUGACAUGGUUCAAGCAAUUAAGAAGGCAAUAUCUAUCCUUCCUAAGAUUGAUCCACAAGUUAUGCAUGAUCGUAUGAAGAGGCUUUAUAAUUGGAAUGAUGUUGCUAAAAGGACAGAGAUAGUGUAUAAACGUGCUUUGAAAUGUUCUGAUCAGAGUCUCCUGGAAAGUCUCUCACGGUAUCUUUCAUGUGGUGCUUGGGCAGGCAAGCUCUUUUGCUUGGUUAUGAUAAUCGACUUUUUGCUAUGGCGACUUUUGGAGCUAUGGCAGCCUGCAAAGGAUAUUGAGGAGGUGCCUGAUGUCUUUCUACCUCGGGAUCAAGAUGGAGAAAACAUUGAAGGAUUUCGAUGAAAAUCUGAAUACUUCCUUCAAACUUUCAGGUGUAUGAAGAGUCAGCUAACAUGUUGAACCUGCAAUAGAUAAUCUUCAAGCUUCGGGCACUUAUUCCAUUCUGAAUGCAGUUAAUUUUUGGGAUGCCCUGUAAAUAAAAGUUAUAGACCAUUACUCCAUGGAUUGCUGAAUGGUGUAAACUGGAGUUGGUACAUGCAGGACAUUGCACGAAGGGGACCGAAAACUUCAGGAGCUUGUUUUGGGGUUCUUCGAGCAUCAUAGGAUCAUGACUGGAACUGGUUCUGUUUCAUUCAAGUUAAUUACCAAGUACUAUUAUUAGUUUCUUAUUAGCAUUGAAUGAUUAACGAAAGAAUCAAGUUGUAAGAUAUUUUUGCCUAUUAGCUAUCAAUCCAUGUGAUUCUUUGAUGAAUCUUUUCUGACUUAAA